CACCACACGAACCUAUAAUCCCAAUUUUCGUUCAUACGAGUCGCCUUCUUGGGGAACCGCUCUCCCUAUACGUCGGUGCGGUGACGUACCUAUCAUUGGGUCGUUACACGUAGAGUAGAGAUAAAAAUUUGGUGACAGCGGUGGGAUUGUUCGAGUGGUAAUGAGAAAAUCGUAUCUCUGCGGACAUUAAUGGUCAAGCCUAGAAUAAAAUAAAGACAGAUAAAUAAUAAAAAUAGCAGGAUAGAUAGAAGAGUUGUACAUAUAUAUAUAUAUACUAUAUCAAGAUGCCCAACGAAACAGCCGUUAUACCAGCCGGCACAUCAGCCAGCGGAUCAACCGAAGGAAGCCGACCGAUCAGCAUUCGUGAUACAGCGGACAUCGUACCAGCAUUCAACGGCCGCAAUAUACCUGUUUAUCAGUUUGCAAAGAGCUGUUUUAAGGCGAAGAACAUAAUCUCCCCAAAUGCUGAGUACGGGUUGGUGCAGCUGAUCAAGAACAAAUUCUACGGGCAAGUUUCAAGAGUGGUACAAAACGGAGACUACGACACUAUUGAAGAAUUAAUUUCCGUAAUAAAGUCUCGUUUCGCCCCGCUGUUCACUUCAAUGCAGCUAUGUGGCGAUAUGGCAAGGAUGGUACAAGCGCCGACCGAGGCAGUCGUAGACUACGGCAGCCGCGUUUCGGGACUCUUGAUACAGAUCAAGAGUUGCAACGAAAUGGAGUUCCCGGAUCAGGUUGACAGAUACAACCGAUCCUCGGAAACAAGUACCGUCAGAGCAUUCCUGACCGGUUUAAAACAAGAGGUGUAUAAUCGGAUGAGGAAUCAAAAUUUCGACAAUCUUGACGACGCAAUAAGCGCAGCGAUCCUAGCAGAAGCUGAGAGCAUAGAGAACCUAACAAAGGUUAAAUUAUCGCAAGGAUUCAUUACAGCCGAACAAUGCAACAAUUGUUACGGAUAUGGGCACAACGCCAGUGUAUGCUGCAGUCAGAGGUUCCAAAGACAAUCCACGUCGAGGGCCCACUGGCCAGCAAAAUACUGCCAGCACUGCCAAAGGUCCGGGCACACCUUGGAGACCUGUUUGUUUAAAGACCAGCAAGGAAGACCAGAAGUCCCUCGGGACUUUGUGCAGCCAAAUCAAGUCCAUAGAAACCAACCUACAACAAGGCAGAAUCGAAGUUGGACACAGAAUACAGCUCCAAUUUGCGAAUUUUGCCAAAACAUCGGCCAUACAAUUCAAGAGUGCCGAAAGAAAGCGUAUCAGGAGCGUGUCAAAAGCCAGAGCUUCCAGCAACCUCCACAAGUACAGCAGCUACGUAAGAAAGCAAGCUUGUGCCUGAACUUAGGAGAAAUAAAUAAGUCUCCCAGUGUCGAGCUAUUAAGCGAAAAUUUCCAAAACCAAAAGGCAUUAUUCAUGGUCGACACAGGAUCAAAUAUCAAUAUUAUUAAAAAACAUGCAAUCUCAAGCAAAAUAGCAAUAAACACAGAUAUAAUUUUUCAAUUGAACGGAAUAACUAAGAGCUCUAUUUACACAGCAGGAUACAUCAAAAUAAAUAUACUGGAGACAGAAUCCAUCUUCCACAUCAUUGAAGAAUUGCCAAUUGAACAAGACGGAAUUUUGGGCACGGAAUAUUUUAAAAGCAGUGGAGCUAGCAUCAAUUACGCUAAAUCUAUAUUGAUCGUGAACAACAAUAUAAUACCAUUCAAACAACCAGCAGUGGUAAUACCAUCUAGGACAAAGACCAUGAUACCCAUAAAGGUAUCAAACACAGAAAUAAAGACUGGUUUUGUCCCAAAACUGCAGCUUCACCCACAACUAUAUAUGGGGAAUGCUGUAGCCACGAACCGGGAUGGCAUAGCAUUUCUAUACGCAAUCAACGUUGGAGCAGAAGAUAUAGAAAUUGAAAUGCCAGCUGUUGAACUGCAACAAUAUGAAGAGGCACCACAAGAUGAAGAUGCAGCCCACCAAGAACCUGAGCGAGCCCAACAGAUUCUAAGGAUACUACAAACAGACCAUCUAAAUCAAGAAGAAUUUGCCAAUGUAGAGGAUAUAGUAAAGGAGCACGCUGAUAGAUUUUACGUAGACGGAGACAAACUACCAGCAACGAAUAAAAUCUACCAUAGAAUCAUCACAACGGAUGAGAUGCCUGUAAACGUUAAACAAUACAGGUAUCCUCAUGCGUUAAAAGACGAAAUCAAUCAUCAAGUAAAUGAUCUCCUUGAGAAAGGAAUAAUCAAACAUUCAUCGUCACCAUUUAACUCCCUCUUGUGGAUAGUACCUAAGAAACAGGAUUUACAAGGAAACAAACUGCGGAGAUUGGUGAUUGAUUUCCGAAAGCUAAACGAAAAAACGGUCAGCGAUGCCUAUCCACUACCCAAUAUUACAGACAUCCUGGAUCAAGUGGGAAGCGCAAAAUACUUCUCCGUGUUUGAUUUGAAGUCCAGUUUUCAUCAAACACCAAUGCAUCCAGAAGACAAGCAUAAGACGGCAUUUUCAACACCAUUUGGGCACUUUGAAUUCAACAGAAUGCCUUUUGGGUUGAAAAAUGCUGCAGCUACGUUCCAGCGCAUGAUGAACAACGUCCUAGACGGACUGCAAGGACUGGAACUAUUCGUGUUCAUCGACGACAUUGUAAUUUAUGCAAGUUCGUCACAAGAACACGAAACCAAAGUCAAUAGGAUGAUGGCAAAGCUCAGAGAGGCAAAUCUAUGCUUGCAACCUGAUAAGUGCCAAUUUCUAAAAAAGGAAGUGGCGUACCUGGGUCACAUAAUUACAGAAGACGGUGUGAGACCUGACCCAGCAAAGGUUGAAGCGGUCCAGAGAUUCCCCAUUCCUAAGACUGUCAAAAAUAUUAGACAAUUUCUAGGAUUGUGUGGAUACUAUAGACGAUUUAUCAAGGACUUCUCUAAGAUAGCCAAGCCAUUAUCCGACCUGACGAAGAAAGAACAAAAAUUCGAGUGGUCCAGCCAGCAACAGCAAGCCUUCGAAUUCUUGAGGAGCAUACUAUGCGAAGAGCCAAUCCUGCAAUAUCCGGACUUUGAGAGACCAUUUAAUAUAACUACCAAUGCAUCCGGAACAGCGGUAGGAGCAGUCCUAAAUCAAGGAGAGAUAGGAAAGGAUCAGCCACUAGCUUACGCCUCAAGAGUAAUGAAUAAGCCGGAAACGCAAUAUUCCGCAACAGAGAGGGAAUUACUUACUGUAAUAUUUGCAGUAAAUCACUUCAGACCAUAUAUAUUUGGCAGGAAGUUUUAUCUAAUUACAGACCACAUACCAUUGAUCUGGCUAAAUAGUCUCACAGAUCCUACAUCGAGACUCAUGCGAUGGAAAUUGAGAUUGAGCGAGUACGAUUAUGAAAUAAAGUACAAACCAGGCAAACAAAAUAUAAACGCUGAUGCUCUUUCGAGAAAUCCAAUCGAAGAUAUAAACGCCCUGCAAAUACAUGCUAAGAGGCUGCAUUCGUCCACGUCUGGGUCAAAGAAGAAGCGCGAAAAGAGAAAAGAGUGGCACCAAUAUCCCACUCGCCCAAGACCAACAACAACCACGUCAGAAUCAAGAGAAUUCAAAAAGAAAAAGGAAUCACACCAGUAUCCUACUAGACUCAGACCAACUACGACUGAGUCUGAAGAACACAAAAAGAAGAAAGAAUGGCAUCAAUAUCCAAGAAGACCAAGGCCAACAAUCUCAUCAAGUUCACGGGAUAUAAAGAAAAGGAAAAUAAGCCAUAAACAUUUAGCACUGCAGCGAGACGAUUCUUCGGAUUCUGGAACGAGAAAAAGAUAUCAAAAAAAUAAAACACGAGAAAAAAGUCCUUCCCAAGAAGACAAUGCAGCAAAAAAGAGAAUAAAAGAGGAUUAUACAAGCUCAGAUGAAUCUCAAUAUUAUGAGACUGAUGCAUCUGAAGAACAGCCAAGACCAAGAAAGAGAACAAAUUUAAAUCCAAGAAUAUAUUCCUCAGAAGAGAUCAAAAAGAAAAGAAAACCCAAUGAAGAGCAAAUCAUUGUAGAAGUACAUCAACCACCACAGGAGAGAAAAUAUAUCAUUCCACAGAAACGACCUAUAGAAAGGGAACCAGUAAUAAUUGGAGAUGAAAUAGAAGAAUACAACGAAGAGGCAAUUAUACCGAAACACAUUUUCAGAGAACCACCUAAAAUCGAUUCUUCUUCAAGCACAAGAGGAAGAUCUCCAGUACUAAAAAGAAAAAUAGAAAAAAAAACUUCAAGUGAUACUCUAUCAGCUCCAAUUACACCUAUCAAAAUUAAAAAAGAAAAGACUCAGCCGCCAAAAAUUAAACAAAUUACACCCAAAGUAAUUAGCAAUAAACCAAUCACAUUCAGAAUAGAUGAAACCGAAGACCAUCUAUGGAUGAAGAAAGGCACAGCAGUAAUUUUCCUUAACAAGGAGGGACAUCCAGAUGAUACACAAUCAAGACAAUUUAUGGAAAAUGAAAAGAUUAAAAUUUCUAAACCUGUUCGCGUUUUGCGUGGUCAACGUGGUCAGAAAUAACACGCCUGCGUAACGAUCACUAUAACAAUGUAUUUACACAAAAUAUUAUUUACAAAGUUUAACGUGAUCGGAAAACUGUACAACCAUUUACACUUAACAUUAAUACAACAUACGCGUGGACUAAAUACGAUAACGAAGAGUAAUAAUGAAGCGCGGGCUGAAACAAUCAGCGUCCCGUGGGCCGAAAAACUGUAACGCUUGUACUUGAUUGCGUAGACUGAGGAACACGUGUUGCUUGGUCGAGCGAUCGUACAAGAAGAACAAGAAUCGAUCAUGGCGUCGAUCGUGCCGGUUCCGCUUGGAGAGGGGACCGCGUGGACAAAGUGGGCCCGAGAGGUGCUGCCGCUAUCGGUAACGGCGCACCAACGAAGUAUUUUCGUUGCCAACUUCAUCUUUUCGCGAAGUCAUGGGGAAUUUCGCCAACAAAACCAUAAAGUAAUAUCAUGCAAUAUAAGAUCAGAAAUAGAUUAAUUUUUGGAAUAAUAAUAGAAUCCAAAGAAACAUUACCACAGAAAGUUAAAACUCUUCAUCAAAUAUUACUCCAAAAAGGAAUCCAGGAGUGCAGCAUGCCAAAUAGACAGGGUUUUGAAAGCAAUUCUCCAGAUACUCUUUGCAGACUCUAAUAUCAAUAUCACUAUCUGCAAAGGAAUGGUCCAAAUUCCACCUAAAGAGGAAAGGAAAAAUAUAAUUAAAGAAAAUCAUGAAAGCCCAGUCGCAGGACAUAAAGGUAUCAGGAAAACGUACCUUAGGAUCAGGAACAAGUAUUAUUGGAAGAACAUGAAAGAAGAAAUUACUGAUUACGUUAGAUCCUGUAUAAGCUGCCAACGAACCAAGCUAGUUAGAAUGAAAAAUAAGGAGCCAAUGGUUAUCACAGACACUCCUUCAGACGCAUUCAAUAAGGUGUCCCUAGACAUUCUUGGACCCUUACCAAUGACGUAAAAAGG